AUGCGCGAGGCGAACGAACGUUACGCGGAAGAAUUUCUGGUGCGUGUGUGCGCGCGUGCGUGUGUGCGUCCAUGGGAGCUGUCCCACCCGCACCUUGUGCGGCUGCACUGCGCCUCAAAAGUCCACCCGCAUCUCGUGCGUGGGUGGGAUCCCAUGCAUCUGGACCUCACCCAUCCAUCUGGACACAUGGGAUCCCUUCCACCUCACCCAUCCUUCUGGACACAUGGGAUCCCUUCCACCUUACCCAUCCUUCUGGACACAUGGGAUCCCUUCCACCUUACCCAUCCUUCUGGACACAUGGGAUCCCUUCCACCUUACCCAUCCUUCUGGACACAUGGGAUCCCUUCCACCUCACCCAUCCUUCUGGACACAUGGGAUCCCUUCCACCUCACCCGCCACCCCCUACCAACCCCUCUCGUGCAGAGAGAGGUGAUCGUGCUGGGGCGGCUGUCGCACCCGCACCUCGUGCAUCUGCACGGCUACUGCAUGGAGGGGAACGAGGCUCUGCUCGUGUACGAGUUCAUGACUGGGAGCAGCCUCGACAAGGCGCUAUUAGACAGUGAGUGGGGUGCUUGGCCAGUGGAGUGGGGUGCUACGGGUGGUGCGAGCGGAGAGCUCACGCUCACCUGGAACAUGCUGCUCAAGGUGGUGGUGCAGGUAGCAACAGAGGCCCUGGCGCCCUGCCGUGCGAGCGGAGAGCUCGUCUUCAGCUGGAGCAUGCGGCUUAAGGUGGCGGUGCAGGUGGCAGCAGAGGCGUACAUGCACCUGGGAGACGAGGUGACUUCUGAGUCGACUCAACGUACGAGUGGAGAGCUCUUCUUCAGCUGGAGCAUGCGGCUCAAGGUGGCGGUGCAGGUGGCAGAGGCACUGGCGUUUUUGCACGGAGCCAACUUCAUUCACCGGGACUUAAAAGCAUCCAACGUGCUGCUUUCACCUGAAUACGAUGCGAAGCUGACAGACUUCGGCAUGGUGCGAGUGGGGCCGGAUAGGCAGCUGCAGUCAAUCGUAUCUACGCGCAUCAUGGGCACUCGGGGCUACACGGACCCCUCAUACAUGGAGACAGGACACCUGGGAGCCAAGAGUGACGUCUACUCCUUUGGCGUUCUCCUGUUAGAGCUGGUAACCGGGAGGAGAGUGGUGGACGAGGGAGAAAAAAUGGUCAUCGAGUGCAGAACACGCCUCUCCGACCUCACACGUAAAGCCGCGGAAUACAUCGAUCCGCAUCUUGGUAACCAGUACCCGGAGCGGGGCGCCCGAGGCUUGGCGACUCUGGCUCGGCACUGCGUGGCGGACGAUCGGAGGACCCGGCCUGAGAUUGGGGCUGUACUGGAGAAACUGAAGCUGUUGGUGAGGGCGUGUGAGAGUGAUGAGGCAGAGGCAGCAGCUGAAACUGCAGCAUUGGAGAGGGGGGGGCUAGGGUCAGUAGAAAGGGGCGGUAUGGAGGUGACUGGAGAUGCGGCAGCUAAAGCUGCAGCAUUGGAGGCAGGGGAAUCAGGGUCAGAAGGGGGGCAUACGGAGGUGACUGGAGGUGAAGAGGGGCCUUUGGUGGCUGUGGCACCAGUGGUGGUUGUUGCUUGA